AUCAGUAUCACCCAAAUGUUUUCAAACAUCAAAAGGCCUUUGAUUGUGAUUAUGACGUCAUAAUACAUCACUGUUUUGUUGACAACAUAGUCGUGGACGUGCAAAUUACUGCAGUAGAGAGUGAGAAAAUGAACAUGGAACAGAGACUUGAGGAAAUUCUGAGCGAACUGGCCUGCCGUUCAGCUGAUGUACCGAUAAACAUGCUCCCCAUCCCUUUUGACGGAGAAUUAAUUUUGGACUUCGGGGAAGAAGUUGUGAAAGACCUGAAAUCAAAGAAAGAGAUAUUAAAGUUUGAAAGAAGUUGGGUCGAGAUGGUCGAAGAGGAAGAAGUGCGACAGAGAGAAGCCCCUAAAAAGAUCGUGAAGCUCAGGCAAACAUUUCUUGCCAUAGAAAAAUCGAGGAAAUUUUGGAAGACAACCCACGAAGAAUUAAAGGUAGUUUUGGUUAAAAGGGAUCAAGCGAAAAUAGAAUUCCAUCAUCAAAAGAAGAUCAUGUCAGAAGUGUUAAAAGAGGUUGAGGUAGUGGCAUCAAGGGAAAUUAAGAAAAGAAGUGAGAGAGAGGAAAGAAGGAAUACCAUUCAGAGAGUGAUGCAUCAAGAGUUGAUGGUAGUGGCAUCAAGAGAACUGAAGAUAAGAAAUGAGAGAGAAGAGAGAAGGAAGACAACUUGGAAAGCUAUUCACAAAGAGCUGAUGGGAGCUUUGGUUAAAAGGAAUCAAGAGAAAAUAGAAUUCCAUCAUCAAAAGAAGAUUAUGUCUGAAAUGUUAAAAAAGCUUCAGGAAGUGGCAUCAAGGGAAAUUAAGAAAAGAAGUGAAAGAGAGGAAAGAAGGAAUACCAUUCAGAGAGUGAUGCAUCAAGAGUUAAUGGCAGUUUUGUCAGAGAAACAUGUAGAGAAAGUACAGCAUGCAAAACAGAAGGAAACGGUGGUUCAGAUGUUGAAAGAGCUUAAGGUUGUAGCAUCAAGAAAUUUGGAGAUAAGAAAUGAGAGAGAAGAGAGAAGGAAGACAAUCUGGAAAGCUAUCCACAAAGAGCUGAUGAAAUUCAACAAAGGCACCAACCCAGAGGAUGAGGAAGAAGAUUUAUUUGUCCCUAGAAAGCUUUUUAUGUUCAACGUGGACACAUUUAAAACUUCUCCACAGAAUGUUGAGACUACACAAUGCCACAAGGAAACAGAGAUUAAGAAGGGCCACUGUACCUCAAGUUUAAGACAGGUACCCAGCCUACCAAGAAAGAAAACAUUCCGAGGACGGCUGAGGAAAUUCUUUGGUUUAAAAUAAGAGACUGUGUGUGGAACCUAAUGAUGAAACUAUAUAAGAUAUUCACUUAUAAAUUACCGGCUGAACAUAACUUGGACAAAAAACAGACUUCUGUUACGAUCGAUCAUCUCUACAUUACAUUUAAAUUUUUCUAUUUAUCAUUAUUUUCAUCAUUUUUAAAAAAUAAAAUGUAUAGAAUUGCA